CGCUAACUUAUAUGAUUUCAAAAGGGAAUCAUCGUCCCAGCUGUUCGAAAUAUAAAAUCUGAAGUAAAACUAAAUAUAUCAGUCCCAGAUCUAAACGAAGAUGAUGUCGUAAAGACUACGAGUUCAACGGCGGUAGCAAGUCAGCAAGGGCAAAAUCUUUAUCAGUAGUGUACAGCUACGGCUGUUAACUGCUAAAGAUAGCGCACCUCCGGCCGUUCGGCUUCUUAAUACAGAUGUCUCGUACCAUCACCGAGACAUUACCAGCACGUGUUCGUUUGCGUGGCAUGACUACUUCAAAUACUUCACCAAGUGCAGCCGACGGAAAUGGUGGGAAGGGUGGUGGUGGUGGUGGUGGUGGGAGUAGCAGCGGUGGAGCAGCUAGUAGUAGCGGCUGUACACGUUCCUGUGGCGUCCAUAGUACCACAGGUGGAACACGGGCGACGAUUACCUUGACAAGCAAUUCCGCAAAUGCAUCAACAUCAAGAAAUCAACGACAUCGCUCACGAAAGAAAUGCUGUUUCUGUUGGUGUUGGUGUUGUUUCUGCACAUGGGAGAGAUGUCGCAAAUGGUUACAGUGGUAA